AUGAAAGCUUUGGCCUCGGUUGCACGCAACAAUAAGCCUGAAGCUCUAUCUCUUUCCGGGAUGUUGUCCGCUACCUCUGGUGGGGUCGAACGCCGACCCGGUACAUCUUCCUCGCAGUUAUGCGAUGCCUUAAAUGACCUCGCAAACCGCACAAACACUCCCACAACCGCCUUACCUUCCCUCCAGUCACCAUGUUUCUAUCACCAGAGGUUCGACGAUGCAGUGGAUAUCGACAAGGUCCUGGAGGAAAUCAAGAACGAUGAGUGGAUGUCCCACUCGCGCCUCGUGCAGACCGCUACCGGUGUACGUGAGGUCUCCAAGCAGCUGCAGCGAAGACCAAUCAAGCGCGCCGUCAGGAACAUCAUGAUUGUCACCAAGGCGCGAGACAACCAGCUGGUCCUGCUCACUCGCGAACUCACACAAUGGCUGCUGAGGACUCCGCGAUAUGGCUCCGACCUCGGCGUCAACGUUUAUGUGGAUGCCAAAUUACGCAACUCCAAGCGCUUUGGUGCUGCUAGCAUCGUUGAGGAGAAUCCGCGCUUCCAGCAUAUGCUCAAGUACUGGUCUCCGGAUCUGUGCUGGAGCCAGCCGGAGAAGUUCGAUCUUGUGUUGACCUUGGGUGGUGAUGGCACUGUUCUGUUCACCUCGUGGCUGUUCCAGAGAAUCGUGCCGCCUGUCUUGUCUUUCAGCCUCGGCAGUCUCGGAUUCUUGACUAGCUUCGAGUUUGAGCGGUAUAAGGACCACCUGAGCCGCAUCAUGGGUGAUGACGGCAUGCGCGUUAAUUUGCGCAUGCGCUUCACGUGCACCGUGUACCGAGAUGGUGCUCUUGGUCAGGAGAUGGAGGAGGGCGAGCAGUUCGAAGUCUUGAACGAGCUCGUUAUCGACCGCGGCCCGUCGCCGUACGUCUCCAACUUGGAGCUCUACGGUGACAAUGAGCUGUUGACUGUUGUCCAGGCGGAUGGCUGCAUCUUCUCCACACCGACUGGAUCAACAGCCUACUCACUGUCCGCUGGCGGGUCACUUGUCCAUCCUGACAUCCCUGCUAUUCUUCUCACUCCUAUCUGCCCGCACACGCUCUCAUUCCGCCCCAUGGUUCUCUCAGACACCAUGCUCCUGAGGGUAUCUAUCCCUCGCAACAGCCGCGCUACAGCCUACUGUGCCUUCGACGGCAAGGGCCGCGUGGAGCUCCGCCAAGGCGACUGCGUCACCAUCACCGCCUCGCAGUACCCUUUCCCCACCGUCACACGAACCGACACUGAGUGGUUCGACUCUGUGUCGCGCACCCUGCGCUGGAACACCCGCGCCGCCACCCAGAAGGCCUUCCUCCCAGGCGACAGCAGCAGCGCCAACAGCGAGAACGGCAAGGAAGACGACGAGGCCGAGUGGGACAUUGACACUGACUCGGCAUGCUACGCCAGCGAAGAGGGGAGCAUCAGUGCUAGCCCUUUGAGACGACAGAUGUCUCUCCUAGGCAUGUGA